UCCUUCACAAAAUUACAGGAUAGAAACAACCUGACUCUCAAGCAUGGGACACAAACUGUCCAAAGGAAACACAAGGAACAUUGAUAUCAUCCCUCAAGGUCGUUUCUCCAUCAGUGAAGAAGCACCGCCGAGAUACACGCACAAUGAAAAUGCCUUUCCAGAUGUUAACCGCGUUAAGAGAGCGACCGAGAUGACACAUGUCUCCAUGGUAGAGUCUGGCAUUACGGACACUUCCGACGGGCGCCAUGGCUCGCAGCAGGAUGCCAGACGCCCAUCCCUCUAUAGAACCAUAGACGUGGUGCCACAAUUAGACUUUUAUGCAAACACUUUCAUUGGUCGGCAACGGCGUAGUAGACCAUCCCUGGAGGUUCUUCGCAAGGCUUUUGAUGAUGGAGAUACUGCCAGUAAUGCCGAGGGCUUGGGGAACGGAAGCCUGCCAGGCAUCCCAGAUGUAGAGGGCAGUGUUGAGGGGGCGAAAAAUGCAAAACCGCCGGUCCGCUUUGGCUGGGUUACCGGUGUCAUGAUUCGCUGUAUGCUUAACAUCUGGGGAGUCGUUCUUUUUCUUCGUUUGUCAACCAUCACCUCUUCAGUGGGCAUCAUUCUCACCUGGGUCAUCAUCCUGUUGUCCAUUGUCAUAACCUCAGUGACUGCCCUCUCUGUAUCUGCCAUUGCCACCAAUGGGAGAGUAAAGUCAGGGGGCGCUUACUUCAUGAUCUCCCGAACACUGGGCCCAGAAGUAGGGGGACCCAUCGGGAUGGUGUUCUCCUUUGCCAAUGCCAUAGCCUGUUCGUUGAACACGGUUGGGUUUGCUGAGACCGUCCAGAAACUUCUCGAAGAAAAUGAUGUCACUAUGGUGGACGACCUCAAUGAUGUGCGGAUUAUUGGAGUGAUCACAGUCACUGUGCUUCUCAUCAUUUCACUAGCUGGAAUGGAGUGGGAAUCUAAGACUCAGAUCAUUUUCUUCCUGGUGCUUAUAGUGACCUUUGUCAACUACUUUGUGGGCACAUUUCUUCCUCCUACGCCUGAGAAACAAUCCCAAGGCUUCUUUGGCUAUCACAGGGAGAUUUUCUUAGAAAACCUGCUGCCAGAAAAGGGCAAUCACAUUGCAGAAUUCUUCAACAUGUUUGCCAUUUUUUUUCCUUCUGCCAUUGGCAUCCUUGCUGGGGCCAACAUCUCUGGUGACUUAAAGGACCCAGAGACUGCUAUACCCAAAGGGACACUCAUGGCCAUCCUCAGCACCACCAUCAGCUAUCUGGCCAUCUCUGCAACCGUGGGUUCGUGUGUUAUUCGUCAUGCCACAGGCAGCCUAAACGACAGCUUCUCUUUGGGGAACGGCUCAGAUGUGUGUGAGGGUGUGGCCUGUAACUUUGGCUGGAACUUCACAAGCUGCUCACAUGAAGUGGACUGCAAAUAUGGCCUCGCAGUUGACACUGGGGCGCUGAGGAUGGUAUCAGGUUUCGGACCCCUUAUCAUUGCCGGGAUCUUUGCUGCUAGUCUAUCCUCUGCUCUUGCAUUCCUGGUCUCUGCCCCGAAGGUGUUUCAGUGUCUUUGCAGAGACAACAUAUACCCCUAUAUUGGCUUUUUUGCAAAGGGUUAUGGGAAGAAUGAGGAGCCUCUACGCGGUUAUGUUCUAACUUAUUUUAUCGCAGCAGCAUUCAUUCUGAUUGGUGACUUAGAUCUUGUUGCCCCUGUCAUUUCGAACUUUUUCCUCUGCUCGUACGCGCUCAUCAACUUUAGUUGUUUCCACGCCUCUACCACAAACUCGCCAGGCUGGAGGCCUUCCUUUCGUUACUACAACCGCUGGGUAGCAUUGUUUGGGGCCGUCGUCUCUGUCGUGCUUAUGUUCAUGCUGACCUGGGAGGCAGCCCUCAUCACCUUCUGCAUCAUCCUCUUCCUCUUUGGCUACAUCAUCUACAAGAAGCCAGAGGUGAAUUGGGGCUCCUCUGUGCAGGCUAGCACCUACAACAUGGCUUUGUCCUACUCAGUCUCUCUGUCAGCGGUGGAAGACCAUGUCAAGAACUACAGGCCCCAGUGUUUGGUUCUGACAGGGCCGCCAGUUGUUCGUCCAGCAUUGGUGGACUUUGUGGGCUCCUUCACUAAGAAUAUCAGUCUGAUGAUCUGUGCAGACAUCCUUAUGGAGGAUAAGACAGCACUUACUCAGCGCAGUACUGAUAAUAUUGUAAAGUGGCUUAACCGCCGAAAGGUCCGUUCCUUCUACACUGUGUUGAAUGGAGACCGUCUGAGAGAAGGAACAAAGACACUUAUGCAGUCUACAGGUCUGGGGAAAUUGAAGCCCAACAUUCUGGUAAUGGGAUUUAAGACAAACUGGAGAGGUUGCUCCCCCUACAGCAUGGAGGACUAUGUGAAUACCAUCCAUGAUACAUUUGACGCAAACUAUGGUGUAUGCAUUCUGAGAAUGAUGGACGGCCUUGACAUGACUGAAGAGAUGGUUUGUGAAGAUAAUGCUGCCUUUGAGCCAGAUGAAUCUCCUGAGCAACAAUCCAACAAUGACUCCACAGGGGAUAACUCAGAUCUUGGCAAUUGCCAGCCAGACCAUCAAAUUCACAGCUGCCAAAUCUCUACAGUCUUCCAGACCAAGCAAGGGAAGAAGACCAUAGACGUGUACUGGAUAUCUGAUGAUGGAGGUCUGACUCUGUUAAUUCCGUACCUGUUGACCAGAAGAAAGUGUUGGCGACAAUGUAAGGUCCGCGUCUUCGUAGUGGGUCAACAACAGACCAUUGAGGAAGAUCGCAAAGAGAUGGUGUGUUUGCUUCAACGUUUUCGCCUGGAUGUCCAUGAUGUCAUCAUCAUAACUGACAGCGAACGUCCACCCCUGGCCAAAAAUCUGGAAAGAUUUGAGAACUUUGUCGCCCCCUUCCGGCUGAAAAGUAGAGAGUAUGAGGAUGACAUUAUUCAGCCAGAGAGGACAGAAAGUCCCUGGCGGGUGUCUGACAAAGUGUUGGAUGCACUGAGGAUGAAGUCUGAGAGGAAGGUGCGUCUGAAUGAGAUCAUCCGUAAGAAUUCCAGACAGGCUGCUUUGGUCAUUGUGAGUAUGCCUGUUCCUCAGAGUGACUGUCCCAGCUCUCUUUAUAUGGCCUGGCUGGAUACUCUGACCUGCGGCCUUCACUGCCCAGUUCUGCUCAUACGAGGCAACCAGCAGAAUGUGCUCACCUUCGACUGCCAGUGAAAACCACCAAAUACACACGAUUGCAUCUCUUUGGUCCUCACUGCCUGCUGGUGUGGUUUCCUCUUGGUGUUACAGAACUCAUGGACGAGAAUUUGAUUCUAAAUAGAUCUCAGAUUGCCAAAGAUAAGCCACAUUAUUUAUGGAACCAAGGCUGCUGCCAAAUUAUACUGUACAUGUAGACAAUAUUUAUGAUAAAGUAUUUAUUUCAUCCCAGUUAUUAUACCAGUUGAAAAGCACAACAAUGUAAUACUGCAUGCAGUUGCCCUCUUGCCUGAUUGUAUGAAUUUCUUAUGGAAUGGAACAGGUAAAGAAUAGAAGCAGAAGAGAGUUCAUAAUAUAAAAUAAGCAGACUGGUAUUACACACCGUCACUUUAUGUCUUACAGAUGCUAUAGAAAAUGAAGUCAGUUAGUUGCCAAAUAAGGACGAGGAGGAUAAUCAUUGUGAUAAUUCAUUGUGAUGGACAAUAAUAAUUGUCUCAGGAUCAGAUUUUUUAACUGCUCUGAGUCAGUUUUAUUUUGUAUUUACAAGUAGAUUAUCUGUCUAGAAAAAUAUGCAUAAUGUGUAGUAUUUUGUAGCCUACAGUAGGGGUCAGUGUGUAAGUGUACUACUACCUGAAUCUGAUAUGCUCAUUCUUGACAUUUUUCACAGUAGGCUACAAUCCCUGGAAUUAUUUUGCUCCGUUGAUGUAUGUUUCUGUAAGAUUAUUGAGAUGGGCUUUAAUAAGGCAACAUGAAUGGUGAUAUGUAAUAACCACAAACAUUCCUUUUUAUUUAUUUGUUUGACAUUUGCAAAUAGGUACUGUCACAGACAAAAUCGACAGACAUCAACAGCAAAAAACAACCUUUUUUGUGUUUUGACAUGUAUGUUGAACUAGUAUUGUGUAGCUUUUAUUGAUUGAUGUUUUUUAGGCUACAUUAAUCAAAGCUAUAUAUGUCUGGUAUGUCAAUUCCAAAUAUAUAUUUGUGGAUUUUGUAUUAAACGUUUCUACUAUUA